AUGGGAACUCGAGGUCUUGAGAUUGUGCGCUUCAACAAGCGCUACUACAUUCGCUACCACCGGCUUGAUGGCUAUUUCGAAUGCCUCGGUGCUAAGAUCGUCGCAAAGAUCCCCGCCAGCGCAGAGGAGUAUCAGACAUGGCUUGGGUCGAUGCGGGCCAAAUACGCGGCCCUAGAAAACACCUUUGAACAACACAUCCACGAAAUCCGCGCUGGAAUCACGCCGGACUGCCGUCAGCUCGGGAAUCUAGCGGCACUUCCAUCUGAGUUGCCGCGAUUGGAUUGCUUUGACGCUCAAUACGUCUAUAUCAUCAACUUGGAUCAGGAAGUUCUCACAAUGGAUUUCAGCAUACACUGGAAGCUGAACAAUAUCCCACGUGAAGACGACCUCUGGAUUUCCGCUAUUAAGGAUAGCAUCUUCCCAUACAAGCUCACCAUCUGCCCUGAUACCUGUUCCGAAGAGCAUAUGGCAUCCCCAGCCUUAGAACUGCCAGCGAAGCACAGGAGAAUUCCCUAUCACUACCAUGUUGUGACCCCAAAAACACGCAUUGUGCAGGCGCGACAAGCAUUUCUUGUACACUUUCUCGCUGAAGUUAUGAUCGGAUACAAGGAUCAUAUUGUCCAAUUUGGUAGGGAGUGGGCUCCAGAUUCAUUUCCUUUUCGCGAAUUGACCUUUGCCCUCGUCUCAAUUGCCUCUGAUAAGGCCAAGUUUCAUUCACUAUCUACACAGCGGUGCAAUCCUCGGCGGUGCCAGUCAUUUUCCUGUGACCAAAAGCAUCUACCGGAGCCGUGGUUCGGGUUACUUGACCAAGAAUGGGUUAACGGUGGCGCUCCGUUGCUCGAGUUUGGGUCCAUGUCUCAUAGACCCGGCCAACCUCCAGGCGCAGCGCCCACUGAGACUAUGUACUGGCUGGAAGACGUGCUUAUCAGCAUUGUCAUGGUGGUUGACGGCAAAGCCAUCGGAAAGGCAGUCAAAUGGGGCUUGUCAUGGAAACAUAAUUUUCAGAUAGUUGUCAUGUCACUUUUCAAUGUAGCCUUUGCUGAGGUGACUUCUGGCUCUAGUGCGGAGAGACCAGUCGUUGAGGUCAGUGAACCCAUUAAUCUUUCGCCAUUGCGCAUAGACUACUGUAUGAGCACACACCCGCGUGAGAGACCAGUGAGAAAGCCUGGAAUGACCAUCACUAAACAGUAUGGGGAGCUCAUAAUGCAGUCACACUGUACGGGUACCGCUCGGAGGCUACGAAGCCAGUUUCCCGGACUGGCGGCGCUUGUGAACUUCUUUGAUGCGGCUGCAGGGCGCCAUGCAGCUUCCAAGCCAGCAACGGGUGCUUCUCUCCCGAUAGAACUGCUCAGUCUGAUUCUAGAUUUUGUCGAUUAUGAUACUUGGAAGACAUGUUUGACUGCCGCGACUGAGCUUCGCUCAUGCUGCCUUCGCAAAUACAGGCUUGACGAUCGCAUGAGCAUCAUUGCAGGCCCCUUCGUGAGGGUGCAAAGAUAUCAUGGUCAAAAUGAACGUCUGCUGUCGUAUAAUUUUGAAGAUGUUCGAACGGGUCAGACCGUUUCAAUGAUACACCACCCAAAUCGCUUCGGGACGGAGUGGAACUGGAGGCCGGUCAUCGGCAGCGGCGAGCGAGAGGCACUCCUUUUGGAUAUAGAUGUUCAGUUCGAGCCAGCUAAAGAUGUGCCCGUGGAGGUUGACAGCGAUGAUGAAAGGUCUUGA